AUUAAAAGAUUCAUUCACCUUAGACAAAGUCUGAUUAUAUUUUGAAAACCUUUAUAAAUAUAAAGUCGGUCUUUAUUUUGACAUUCGAAUUACACAGAACAAAUCCUCAAUUCAUCUUCCGUUCAGACACGCAACCGUCAACUACUUUCACGCCACCGCCGGAAUAUUCAUCUCCGCCGUCAGUUAAUUCAAAGUCAAUGGAUAACAAUAAUUGGAGACCUAAUCAAGGUGCUGAACCCAAUAUGGAUACUAAUGAUUGGAGAGGUCAAUUGCAGCCUGAAUCACGCCAAAGAAUUGUCAACAAAAUAAUGGACACAUUAAAAAGGCAUCUUCCUGUUUCUGGUCAAGAGGGAUUGCAUGAACUUCGGAAGAUUGCCCAAAGGUUUGAAGAGAAGAUAUUUACUGCUGCGACAAGCCAGUCUGAUUAUCUACGGAAAAUAUCUUUGAAGAUGCUUACAAUGGAGACUAAAUCCCAGGGCACCACCAUGGCCAACAAUAUACCACCAAAUCAAGUUGGGCCUAGCAAUAAACCUCCGGAUCCAGGACUUGUUAUGCAGUCUCAAGUUCACAAUCAAGGGCAGCAAAAUCCUAUUGCUUUGCCCAAUCAGCCCCAGUCACGCCAACAGCUUCUAUCUCAAAACAUUCAAAAUAAUUUUGCAGCUCAACCGAACCUGCCAUCUGUAUCUGGUCUAGCACAGACUCCCAUCCCCAAUGUUGGCCAGAAUUCCAACAUUCAAAAUAUGUUUAAUGCUUCCCAGAGACAAAUGCAAGGAAGGCAACAGGUUGUUCCCCAACAACAACAGCAGCAGCAGCAGCAGCAGCAGCAACAACAACAACAACAACAACAACAACAACAACAACCACAACAACAACAACAAUCACAGAAUCCACAACAAUAUCUCUACCAACAGCAGCUUUUCAGGCAUAAGCUUCAUAUGCAAUCUCAACAACAACAGCAGCAGCAGCAGCAACAACAGCAACAGCAGCCGCAACAGCAGCAGCAGCAGCAGAACCUUCUACAACCAAAUCAGUUGCAAUCUUCUCAGCAAUCUGUCAUGCAACAGCCUUCCAUGAUGCAAACAUCUUCUCUAUCUAGCAUUCAGCACAAUCAGCAAUCUAAUAAUGGUCAACAGUCAACACAGUCCAUGCUUCAGCAACAUCCCCAAGUUAUCAGGCAGCAGCAGCAACAACAGAAUUCUAUUAUUCAUCAGCAACAGACGCCAAUGACUCAACAGUCAAUUUUGCCUCAACAACAGCAGCCACAGCAACAGCUUCUGGGGCCACAGACAAAUACAACCAACAUGCAACAUACCCAGAUGCUUGGGCAACAGAAUAAUGUUGGUGAUGUGCAGCAAUCACAGAGGUUACUUGCACAACAGAAUAAUCUUUCAAAUUUGCAAAAGCAGCAACUAAUAAAUCAGCAAAACAACCUAUCAAAUAUACAUCCACAGUUGGGAAAUAAUGUCCCUGGGUUACAGUCGCAGCAGGUCCUUGGACCUCAAUCUGGUAAUUCAGGCAUGCAGACAAGCCAGCACUCUGCACAUGUGCUACAACAAUCGAAGGUUCCAAUUCAGCAACAAUCACAACAAGGUGCAUCAAAUUUGUUACCAUCUCAAGCACAGCAGUCACAGCCACAAGCUCCACAGCAGCAAUUGAUGUCACAGAUUCAAUCUCAGCCUGCACAAUUGCAACAGCAACUGGGUUUGCAACAACAACAACCAAAUCCCUUGCAACGAGAUAUGCAGCUAUAUCAAUCACAAAGACCCCUUCCAGAAACUUCAUCAAAUUCUAUGGAUUCAACAGCACAGACUGGACAGCCAAGUGGGGGUGAUUGGCAAGAAGAAAUAUAUCAAAAAAUCAAAGUUAUGAAAGAGAGCUACUUGCCAGAGCUUAGUGAGAUGUAUCAGAAAAUCGCAACGAAACUUCAGCAGCAUGAUUCUCUUCCCCACCAACCGAAGUCGGAUCAGCUUGAAAAGCUUAAGGUAUUUAAAAUGAUGCUAGAGCGUCUUAUAACAUUCCUCCAGGUUUCCAAGAGCAACAUCUCACCUAGUUUAAAGGAGAAACUGGGUUCAUAUGAGAAGCAGAUUAUAAAUUUCAUAAAUACAAAUAGACCUAGGAAACUGUCUUCACUGCAACCGGGGCAGCUUCCCCCACCUCACAUGCACUCAAUGUCACAGACGCAGUCCCAAGUUACUCAAGUGCAAUCGCAUGAAAAUCAAAUGAAUAAUCAGUUGCAAACAACAAAUAUGCAAGGCCCUGGAGCAACAAUGCUGCAGAAUAAUAUAACGAGCAUGCAGCAUAGCUCUCUGUCAGGUGUAUCCACAGCACAGCAGCAUAUGAUGAAUACCAUUCAACCGAGUGCCAGUUUAGAUUCAGGACAAGGAAAUAUGAGCUCUCUUCAACAGGUUCCAGUGAGCUCCCUUCAACAAAACUCUGUUACUGCUCCUCAACAAUCUAAUGCCAGCUCCUUAUCUUCACAAGCUGGGGUAAAUGUGAUCCAACAAAAUCUUAAUCCCCUCCAGCCAGGUUCUGGUAUGCUUCAACACCAGCAACUAAAACAACAGCAGGAACAACAACAACAACAGAUGUUGCAGAGUCAACAAUUCAAACAAGCACAAUAUCAACGGCAACUGAUGCAGAGGCAGCAGAUGCUACAGCAGCAGUUACACCAGCCAGCAAAGCAACAGCUGCCUGCCCAGUUGCAAACACAUCAAAUGCAACAACUUCACCAAAUGAAUGAUGUAAAUGACAUGAAGAUGAGGCAAGGAAUUGGUGUUAAGCAAGGGGGUUUUCAACAGCAUAUUGCUUCCAAUCAACGCUCAGGCUAUCCCCAUCAACAGUUGAAACAAGGUCCUUUUACUGUUUCAUCGCCCCAACUCCUACAGGCCACAUCUCCACAGAUUCCACAACACUCAUCUCCCCAGGUUGACCAACAAAAUCACCUCCCAUCUCUGACAAAAGUUGGCACCCCUUUGCAAUCUGCUAACUCACCUUUUGUAGUCCCCACUCCUUCACCCCCCUUAGCUCCAUCUCCUAUGCCAGGAGAUUUUGAAAAGCCCAUUUCUGGUGUUUCAUCGAUAUCAAAUGCAGCAAAUGUUGGACACCAACAAACAGGGGGUGCAGCCGCACCUGCUCAAUCGCUUGCCAUUGGAACUCCUGGAAUAUCUGCCUCUCCUUUACUGGCAGAGUUCACCGGUCCAGAUGGUGCUCAUGGGAAUGCAUUAGUGCCGUCUUCAGGAAAGUCAACUGUUACCGAGGAGCCUAUGGACCGCCUAAUUAAAGCGGUGAGUUCAUUGACCCCUGCAGCUUUAAGUGCAGCUGUCAGCGAUAUUAGUUCAGUUAUCAGCAUGAACGAUAGGAUAGCUGGGUCAGCUCCAGGCAAUGGAUCCAGAGCUGCUGUUGGUGAAGAUUUGGUUGCCAUGACUAAUUGUCGCCUUCAGGCUAGAAAUUUCAUCACCCAAGAUGGUGCAAAUGGAACCAGGAGGAUGAAACGCUGCACCAAUGCUACACCCUUGAAUGUUGUAUCAUCUGCUGGUAGUGUGAAUGAUAGUAUCAAGCAGUUAACUGCUUUGGAGGCUUCUGAUUUGGAGUCAACUGCAACAUCCAAUAUCAAGAAGCCAAAGAUCGAGGCUAAUCAUGCCCUUCUGGAAGAAAUUAGGGAGGUUAAUCAGAGACUUAUUGACACAGUAGUGAGCAUAAGUGAUGAAGAAGUUAAUCCAACUGCAGCUGCAGCUGCUGCUGAAGGAGCAGAAGGGACUAUUGUCAAAUGUUCUUACAUUGCUGUAGCUCUCAGUCCAAGCUUGAAAGCCCUAUAUGCUUCAGCACAGAUGUCGCCAAUUCAACCCCUGCGCCUCCUUGUUCCUACAAAUUAUCCCAACUGUUCCCCCAUUUUCCUAGACAAGUUUCCAGUUGAAUCCAGUAUGGAGAAUGAAGAUCUUUCUGCCAAAGCAAAGUCAAAGUUUAGCAUAUCAUUGCGAGGUUUAUCACAACCUAUGUCUCUUAAGGACAUAGCAAAAACAUGGGAUGUCUGUGCUCGUACAGUUAUUUCUGAGUAUGCGCAACAGAGCGGUGGAGGGACUUUCAGCUCUAAGUAUGGCUCUUGGGAGGAUUGCUCCACAUGGUGACCCUUGCGCGCCAUGCAAAAUGUUUGUUAUUUACAAAUUCCAUUUUGUUAGACUUGUUCAAUGUUUCAUUGUGUAUAAAGUAUAACAAUCUUUUUUCUUGUUUGCACACUAUCACAAGCCUGCAAUUGUGAUGUGUGUUGUUGCCUAAGAUAUUUAGUAAAUUUAUUUAUGAUUUGAAUCAGAUUGUUCUUAAUGAA